AUGGAAGGACCAUCAACAACAGCAGGUACAUCACAGCCCCCCAUGGGGCUGGGGGGCAUCCAAUGUGAACCCCCUAUACUAGGGCCAGGGGACAUCAAAUGUGAACCCCCUAUACCAGGAAUGGGAGACAACCAAGGUGACCCCUCCUCUGUAGGAGUUUACAUUGCCGGUAAUGUUCCUCUGCCUCGCACACUAACAAACAAACACCCAGUCAUGUACCUGAACGAAUUACGCAGAAAUAUGACCUAUCAGUUAGUAUCGGAACAGGAAGUAGACAAGGAGAAGCUGUACACGAUGUCUGUUCAGGUGGACGGACAAACCUUCACGGGGACAGCCAAGAACAAGAAACUGGCCAAGAUGGAGGCAGCGAGGCAGGCACUGGAGACUCUGUUUAAUGCAGUGUAUGUCCCAGAUUUAGAAAGUCAAGUGGACCAGAAAGAAGAUACAGUGGCAGUUCCAGAGGUCAAAG